UAAAGGCAUUUGUUCCCAAGUCUCUGCCCAUGUUCACGACAACAGAGUUCAUUCCCGAGUCUCUGCCCACAACCACAGAGGUCAUCUUCAAGUCUCUGCCCAUGUUCAUGUCUACAGAGGUCAUUCCUGAGUCUCUGCCCAUGACCACAAUGGUCGUUCCCAAGUCUCUGCCCACACCCACAGAGGUUGUCUACGAGUCUCUACCCAUGUACAUGACCACAGCGGUUGUCUCCGUGUCUCUGGUCAUGUUCACAACCACAGAGGUCAUUCCCGAGUCUCUUUCCAUGCCCACAGAGGUUGUCUCCGUGUCUCUGCCCAUGUUCACGACCACAGAGGUCGUUCCCAAGUCUCUGCCCAUGUUCACGACCACAGAGGUCGUUCCCAAGUCUCUGCCCAUGUUCACGACCACAGAGGUUGCUCCCGAGACUCGGGACUCUUCCGAGCCUUCCACGGCUUCACCCCUUGAGCCUUCCUCGGCUUUGCCUUCCAUGGUUUCACCCCUCGGGCCUCCCUUGGCUCAGCCCCUUGAGCCUUCCACAGCUCUGCCUGCCACAGUUUCACCCCUUGAGUCUCCUAUGACUCUGCCUUCCACGGCUCCAGUCUCUAGUCUGUGGUUACUAGCCAGGCCUCCUGACUCUGUUUCAGCUCUGUAGCCAUCAACCAGGCCUCUUGAUCCAGUCCUUUCCCUGAGGUGGUCUCCUUGAUCUCAUGGCCAUCCACCUGAUCUACUCUGGCCUUCAGGGUCACCGGGCCAAACACCUGUUCUGCUCUGGCUUCCCUGGUCUUAUGGCCAUCAACCUGGUCUACUGGGUCUCCAGUACAAAUGCCUGAUCUGAUCUGGUCUUCAAGGUCUCCUGUCUAUUUGACUGGUCUGCUCUGGUUUCCCUGGUCUCAUGGCCGUUCACCUGAUCUGCUCUGGUCUCCUUUGUCUUAUGGUCAUCCGCCUGAUCUGCUCUGGUCUCCUUUGUCUUAUGGUCAUCCGCCUGAUCUGCUCUGGUCUCCUUUGUCUUAUGGUCAUCCGCCUGAUCUGCUCUGGUCUUCCUGAGUAAGACGUUUGUCCAUUGUGAAUGUUUUCUUUGUUCCUGUGUUUACCCCAUUAUGUCAUACAUUAUUAAUUUAAUAAAACUCUUUUUAGCCGCAUCUAGAUCAAGCUCUCGGGAAUUCCUUCCGAUUGUUACAACAGCACACACUUACUGAAAUCACAUUCAUAGUAACCUGUGUGUUGAGUGUUAUGUGUAGAGGUCAAAUUAUGUGCGUGUGUGUGCGUGCGUGCAUGUGUGUGCGUGCGUGUGUGUGUGCAUGUUUGUGUUGUUUCAGGUGUGA